AUGCGCGUUGCAGAUCGUGUAGUGUCGUAAAGCAUAUAAUGUGCAAAUCGGACGCGGAACGCAAGACCAGGGUCAGGACACAGAUCAGGACAAUAACAGGGUCAGGACACAGAUCAGGACAAUAACAGGGUCAGGACACAGAUCAGGACAAUAACAGGGUCAGGACACAGAUCAGGACAAUAACAGGGUCAGGACACAGUCAUGGUCAGUCGCGACAGGGUGACACACUUACUGAGGCAGUUGGCCGCUCAGGCUUACACAUAACUUUAUUUAGAGGUCAGAGCAUUUUGUCUGACAGUGGAUCCUUUGUUAAAAUCCCAUGGGAUGCUUAUUAACAGGUGCAGAUGUCCUGCUCACUCCACACAUCCUGUCCACAUCUGUCAGUCAGAUGCUGGUCAGGUCAAUGGGAGAAAAACUGACUAUGCUUUUGAGAUGGCGUGCUCAAAUGUGAGAUAUGGAAAGGGUGUGACCAGAGAAAUUGGCAUGGACUUGCAGAAUUUGGGUGCACAAAAUGUUUGUUUGAUGACAGACAGGAACUUGUUCAGUUUGCCUCCAGUAACAGCAGUGCUGGACUCUCUAGCCAGACAUGGCGUGAAGUACGAAUGCUAUGACAAUGUGAGGGUGGAACCUACGGAUUCUAGUUUUAAAGCAGCAAUUGAGUUUGUGAAGAAAAGAAAUUUUGAUGCGUAUGUAGCUGUGGGUGGUGGCUCUGUGAUUGACACCUGUAAAGCUGCCAAUCUUUAUGCAUGUCACCCGGAGGCUGACUUUCUGGAUUUCGUCAAUGCACCAGUUGGCAAAGGAAAACCAAUAACACGAUCACUGAAGCCUCUUAUUGCAGUUCCCACUACAGCAGGUACAGGGAGCGAGACCACAGGAGUAGCAGUAUUUGAUUUUGAAGAACUUAAGGCCAAAACAGGCAUAGCAUGUCGAUCACUGAAGCCUACUUUAGCGAUGGUGGAUCCACUACACACACUGCACAUGCCGGACAGAGUGGCUGCUAACAGUGGCUUUGAUGUACUUUGCCAUGCUUUGGAAUCCUACACUGCUUUGCCAUAUAACAUGAGGAGUCCAUGUCCCACCAACCCCAUCAACCGUCCCGCUUAUCAGGGCAGCAACCCAAUCAGCGAUGUCUGGGCAAGACACGCACUCUGUAUAGUAGCCAAGUACUUAAAAAGGGCGGUGCGUAAUCCAGAUGAUGUAGAGGCACGCUCCAGCAUGCACCUGGCAAGUGUGUUUGCUGGGAUCGGCUUUGGGAAUGCAGGAGUUCAUUUAUGUCAUGGAAUGUCAUAUCCUAUUUCUGGGAACAUCAAAACCCAUAGAGCUAGAGGAUACAACGUGGACCAUCCAUUAGUGCCUCAUGGCCUCUCUGUUGUUCUCACAUCUCCUGCUGUGUUUGCCUUCACUGCCUGCAUGUGCCCAGAGCGCCACCUAGAUGCAGCAGAGAUACUGGGUGCUGAUGUAAGGAAUGUGAAGACAGAAGAUGCUGGACUGGUGUUGGCAGACAUUCUGAGGAACAUUCUGUAUGACCUGGAUGUGGAAGAUGGCUUGUCUGAAAUUGGCUACAAUAAAGAGGACAUUCCUGAUUUGGUGAAGGGAACUAUUCCACAGGAGCGUGUAACUAAACUCUCACCAAGACGUCACACUGAAGAGGAUCUGACUCGUUUGUUUGAAGCAUCCAUAAAACUGUACUAAACUUGCAGUCAUUUGAAAUCUGCCAUAUUCAUGUACAAAGGACAAACUAAAUGUAAUCCUAAUGAGUUGUGAGUGCAAAGUUCACCAUGAUUUAUCUAGUAAAAGAAAUGUAGUCAGUAAUAUAGUAUUUCUGCAGUGAGACUGUAACUUUAUUUUGUUGUUAGACCAAAAAUUUAUUGCACAUGCAAACUGCAAAUUCUUCAGCUGUGUGGGAACUUCAGAUUAAACAGAAGAAACGAA